AAUCCUCUUAAAUCAGACAGUCCUAUUUCACAGGGGAUUUGUAUUGAUGAAGAUGAAGCUCCGUUAACGCCAAGUUUAGAUGGUUUAACUGUUCUACACUAUGCAGUACUUGUGCCCGACGAAAUGGGUGUACAUCUAACUGAAAUUCUACUUGAAGAUGGUAAAGCUGAUCCAAAUAAACAGGCAACACUGGAUGAUAGUUUUAAAUUAAAGCAUCAAUACAAUGCUGGGAUACAAUCAGGCAGUUCAAGUGGGAUGAAUUCAGAGAGGACAACACCGAUUGAGAAGAAAAUCCAUGAAGGCAGAACACCAUUGCAUUUAGUUUGUUCACGAGAAUAUGACCAACUGAAUUCAGCUAUCAUUGCAAAGUGCCUUCUGAACUAUGGAGCUGAUCCAAACUUAUUAUGCAAUGGUCACUCAGCACUGAGUAUUGCAAUUGCAACUGGUAAUGAUCCUUGUAUCAAUGUUUUAAUUAAUCAUCCGAAUACAAAUAUUAACCAGGCAUUAGAAUGUGGCUUUGGAUCUGCCUUAUGUGUUGCAUGCUCAAGUUUAUUUGAAUUUAGGCGAUCUGUUGAUGCACGUCUAGAAUUAAUCAAACGCUUAAUAAACAGAGGUGGUGUUCAGUGUUUCAAUAGAUUUACUUUAUUAAAACCAAAAGAAACUUUGGGCAAUGUGAUUGAUUUCACGUUUAUGGACUAUGCAAAAGAUUUACGAAUCACUAAAACACCAUAUCAUGCAUUGAAUGAAAUUGAAAAAGAGACUUAUAAUGGUCGUAUACAAAUUUUAGCUUACUUAGCUGAUCGUUUAAGACGUUACACCUAUUCACUGGAUACAUUGGGUGAUGGUUAUGAUGGUGAUGGCGAUGGUGGCGAUAAGGCUGUUCAACAGAUAAAUACUGGAACACGUGAAAAUCAAGCUAAACUAUCCUUUCCGAAACGUUCUCAACAAUCUCCAACUUAUCUAAGACAAAAAAGUUGUAUUUCCUACUCUUUCUGUUAUGAAUGCGGACGAUCAGCUGGAAUACGUUUGGUGUUAUGUUCACGUUGUCGAAGAGUGUAUUUCUGUUCAAAAGUGUGUAAAUUGAAAUCAUGGACAACAAGGCAUAAAAAUGAAUGUUAUCUAUCUCCAGAACUUCAAGCAGAACGGGAUCGACGAAGUCCUACAAGGGUGUUACCAAAACUUGGAGGAAAUAAACAAGAAAAAGAUGAACAAAUAGCUCAACAAAAGGCAAAACAACAAUAUUUAAGUGACUGGGAUUUAUCUAAGCAUUUAACAUGUUGUUCAAGCAGUGGUGAAUUAAUUGGCAUUAUUUACCAUCCAAGUUAUCGGUACAGAUACGCAUUGAAUCAUUAUUUAAAAAUCAACGACAGUAGUCAUAUCAUUGUUGGUACUUAUAACGGUGAAGGGAAUUACAGUCUCAUUUAAUAAUCCUUUUUGAUUUUGUGACAUUCAUAUUUUACUGGUCUUCCUUCAAGUGAAAUGUUUUUUUUUCUAGGUGUGAAAAUGAUACUGAAAUGAGAUGCAUUGGAACAUUUGUG